CUUCUUGUUCGAUUAUUGCUCUGCAGAUAUGCCUCAGUUUUGUAAGAAACUUCCCCUGAAGAAGACUCGUUUCCUCGGGAAAAUUAAUUCGAAUCAAUUCUGACGAAUUUUAGAUCGAAAUUCAUUACAAUCACAAGCUUACAACUGAUCGAAAAUGGCAACCUUCCAGAUGGGUCCGCACACGCAUUCCAUCCCGAUGAGCAUGUUCCGGGAAAACCGGGAAAAGCUGCUCCGGGAGCUGGCCAAGAAAAGAUCUUUUGAGGGACGAGCCCUUGUUUUGCUGCAGGGCGGCGAUAAUUUGAGUCUGUACGACACCGAUGUCGAUUACGUCUUCCGUCAGGAAUCCUACUUCAUGUACCUGUUCGGCGUAACGGAGCCCGGUUGUUUCGGCACGGUGGACGUGACCACCGGAAGUACCACCCUGUACGUGCCCCGGCUUCCGAGCGAGUAUGCCGUCUGGAUGGGUCCGCUGCUCAAGUGUGUAGACUACAAGCAAAAGUAUGAGGUCGAUGCAGUUUACUACGUGGAUGAGAUUGAUGCAAAGCUAGGCGAAUUAAAUCCAACAGUGUUGCUGACAUUGUGCGGAACUAAUACGGAUAGUGGCUUGCAGGCUAAGCCAGCGUUCUUCAAAGGAAUUGAAAAAUACGUGAUCGACACGGACAUUCUAUUUCCGGUUAUAGCCGAAUGCCGCGUCAUCAAAUCGCCCGCCGAAAUUGAGGUGCUGCGCUAUGUCGCUCGCGUUUCGUCUGAUGCGCACAAGGAAGUCAUGAAGGCAAUUCGCCCGGGAUGGUACGAGUACCAGGGUGAGUCGGUGUUUCUGCACCAUUCUUACAAGGUGGGAGGAUGUAGGCAUGUGUCGUACACGUGCAUCUGCGGUGCCGGAACCAAUUCGGCCAUUUUGCACUACGGACACGCUGCCUCUCCGAACGAUCGUUUGAUCGAGGACGGACACAUGUGUCUGUUCGACAUGGGAGCCAAUUAUGGUGGAUACGCUGCGGAUAUCACUUGUAGCUUCCCGGUGAAUGGAAAGUUUACUGAGGACCAGAAGUUGAUCUACAACGCUGUGUUGGCUGCUCGGGAUGCCGUCUGUGCCACCGCCAAGGAAGGAGAAUGUUGGGUUCAGAUGCACUGUCUGGCUAACCGUGUUAUGCUAGGCGAGCUUAAGAAGGGCGGUUUAUUGGUUGGAGAAGUGGACGACAUGAUGAAGGCCGGACUGAAUGCCAUCUUUCAGCCACAUGGAUUGGGACACUUUUUGGGGCUGGAUGUGCACGAUGUUGGGGGCUACCUGGAUCAUUGCCCGACACGUCGCACUGAGCCAGGUGUAAAUCGUCUGCGCACGGCUCGAAUUCUGCAGGCUGGAAUGUAUCUUACAAUCGAACCGGGAUGCUACUUCAUCGAACCGUUACUAAACAAAGCCUUCGCCGAUCCUGAACUGAGCAAGUUCCUGGUGAAAGAACAAAUCGACCGUUUCCGAGACUUCGGUGGGGUUCGUAUCGAGGAUGAUGUCUUGAUUACCAAGACAGGCAUUGAAAAUUUCACACUGGUACCAAGAACGGUCGAGGAAAUCGAAGCUUGGAUGGCUCCAAAAUAAUUACCAUACUUUUUAUGAUCCCCAAGAGGUCAAUAUCCAUAUAACAUACAUGUUUUCUUAUUAUUAUUUUGUAUAACCAAACACAGUUGAAUAGAGAAAUUCGUCACCCUUAUCAAUUUAAAAA